AUGGCGAGGAAUUCUGGGGUUCUGGCGCGACAAUUGCUUGGCAAUCGCAACAAGCUCUGCGCAGCUCUUCUCAAUCAUCAUCACAAGCUUCCUUCUAAUUCUUUCCAAACUCUAGCUUCAAUCUUGACCACACUAUCUUCAUCACACACAACCCCUUCCAAGUCAGAGAAUGAAUAUUGUAGCGCAAUUAACAUGGUUCAAGAUAAAGCUUUGCCAGCACUCUUCUACUUCACGGCAGUCUGGUGCGGGCCUUGCAGGUUCAUAUCUCCAGUCAUUGGAGAGUUGGGUGAGCAAUACCCACAUGUGACAACAUAUAAGAUUGACAUUGACGAGGAAGGCCUUGCAAACACUCUGGGCAAGCUGAAUAUUUCCUCUGUGCCAACAUUCCAAUUCUUUCAAGAUGGGAAGAAGGUAGCUGAAAUUAUUGGUGCUGAUGUUGCACGCCUGAGGGACACUUUUGGAAAACUCUACAAGUAA